AUGGAUGGACUAUUGAUUUUAGGCAACUUUCUGGUUGAUUUGGAGCAGAACAUUGGAAACAAAACAAGGCUGGUUUCAGCCCGUAGCAUUUUUAAAGAUAUUUGCAAAACAAAUGCCCCAAUGCUGAUAAAGAGUAAGAAACAAACUUUUUACAAGGAAGCAGUGAACACGGAAUGCGAGAUAGCAAGUGCUGUUGGCGAGAACAUCCUGAAGAAAGGCGGGAAUGCGGCAGAUGCGGCCAUAGCCACUGCAAUAGCAAUUGGAACAGUCAACUCGUUCUCUGCUGGAAUUGGGGGUGGUGGAUUUCUGAUGAUCAAGAACGGGGAAGAUGCCGAGUUCAUCGACUUCAGAGAAACAGCCCCACUUGCUGCAACUGAGGCGUAUUACGCCGAUCACCCUGAUCAUCUGAGAACAACGUUGAAAUCAACUUUGGUUCCUGGUGAAAUCAAAGGCCUUCAUUUGCUUCAUAAAAGACAUGGUAGGCUGCCAUGGGCCGUGCUACUGGAAGAACCAAUUGAAAUGUGUGAGAAUGGAAUCAGAGUCUCAUUGUUGUUGAGUCUCAAACUACAAAACAACAAGGAGGCUGUGUUGAAUGAUCCGGGAUUCAGAGAGAUUUACACGAAGAACGGGAAACUACGUGAAGAAGGAGAUGUGAUUUACAGGAAGAAUCUGGGCCAGACACUCAGAAAAGUGGCAGCAGAUCCAGACACAUUUUACAAGGGUGAAGUGGCUGAUCGAAUUGCUGAAUUCCACCAGAAAAAUGGUGGAUUCAUCACAAAAGAGGAUUUGGUGAAAUACGAGGCAAAAAUACGCCCAGUCUACAAAAGCAAGUUCAAGGAAUACACGGUGUACACAGCAUCACUUCCUACGUCUGGACCAUUUGUAGCAUUGGCAUUGAACAUUCUGCAGCUCUUUGAUCUGAAGGAGUUCUACAAGAAGCUCAACGUGAACAACGAGUUCUACGUCUUUCACUUCCUGAUUGAAAUAUUCAAAUUCAUGUUUAUGCACAGAGGAGACGUAGAAGACCCUGACGAAAUGAAGGAGCCAAGUGAAGUUGAGAAGCUCUAUCGAAGCGAGGAGUUUGCUGCUGAUUUGUUCAAGAAGAUCACGUUUGAUAGGCCACUGGAGCGAAAGACGAUACAACAUAGCGAAUUCAAGGAGGACCAUGGUACAACACACAUGAAUAUUCUUGAUAGUCAAGGAAUGGCUGUUUUGAUCACAACCACGGUGAAUCUGGAAUUUGGUUCAAUUGUGAUGGAUCCAAUCAGCGGAAUCAUCUACAACAACACGAUGGAUGACUUCGCCCUGCCUUCUGUUCCAAAUGCGUACGAAUUGGAGACACCUGGAACAAACAGAAUCAAACCAGGAAAGAGACCAUUUUCAUCAAUUGCCCCUACGAUUCUCGAAUCAGAAAACAGCCUUCUUCUUAUUGGGGCUGCUGGUGGCACCAAAAUACCGACGUCGAUUGUUUCGACCAUUCUGUUCUUCUACCUGACGAAUGAUCUACACAAAGCAAUCACACUUCCACGAAUCCACGAUCAGCUGAUGCCAAGUACCACUUUUGUAGAGAGCACAUUCCCGUACAUCAUCACGGAACAGUUGAAGCAGCUGGGCCACGAUAUCAAGGUCUGCUUGAACAUUGGUACAUUUACAUCAGUGAAUGGAAUCUGUGCUAGGCGGACUGAGAAAGGGUUCGUAAUUGAGGCAGCAUCAGAUUUGAGGAAGCUGGGUCAUUCUUGUGGGCUGUGA